AUGGAUGAACAAGAUACAUCGACCGCAACAUCGCCGCCGUCCACGUCUCCUCCGCCCAAGCCCGAGCCUCGUUCCCCCGCAGCCGUUGCCGCAGCCGUGUGCAGCAAGACCUCGUCGUCGUCGCCCUUUGACAAGCUCCCCGACGAAAUCAUUGAGCAAAUCCUCCGCGUCGCCGACCCCGAUAGCUUCGCGUCCCUCCUCGUCCUCAACCGCCAGGCUCGCCGUGUCUCCCAACAGGCCGACCUCUACGCCAGCCAGCUCCAACGAUGCGCCUCCUACGCCACCGCGCAUGCCGCCUUCGCCAACGUUCAUGAUGACGACCUGCCGCGCUUCCGUCGGCUCUUUGCGCGAGAGGUCAAGCGCAACCUCUUCAACGCCUAUAACCGCCCCUCCGAGACCCUCGUCAAGCUCGUAUCCAACUCCAACAGCUCCUCCUCCUGCCCCGGCGGCGAGGGCAUGCAGUUCAGCGCCUCCUCCAAAGGCCACCACCUCCUCGCCUACAACUCGGCUCGCAUCUACGUCCUCGGCGUCCAGGGCCCCGAUCUCCAGGUCAAGCGCGAGCUCAAGAUCCAGCGACGGCCCGUCUCCGCUACCAUCACCGAUGAUGCCGCCACCCUAGUCGUCCUGUCGACUGAGAUGCAAGUCAACCUCUACGAUCUUCAGCAGAAGCCUCCAAAGAGAAAACACGCCAUCAUCCUCGACAAGAACCCUCGUGCCAUUGCCGUCUCCUCGUGCGGCUCCGUCAUGGCUGCCGCUUACGAAACCGGAAUCGAAGUCUCCUCAUUACACCCCAAUGCCAUGCCCACGGAGCGCCGCGAAGUCAAAUGCGAUCCUGUCGAUAGCCUCGCCUUUUCCUUUGACGGAACGCAGAUCCUUGGCACCACGACGCACUCGAAACCUCCCAACACCGUCGUCCUGACUGCCCCAUACUAUGACCCCAGCACCGUCGCCGACCAGGACAAUCUCAGCGCCAUGUGGACAACUUCGAUUCUUUUCCCCAACACCAGCCAUGACUGCAGCCAUGCUGUGCUCUUGCAAAAUGGAACCAAAGAAGAGGCUUUCUGGGCCUUUACCUACGACCCUAGCUUCGAGACGUUUCGCGCCAUUCGCAUCGACGACCUCCGUAACGGCACCACCUACUUUACAGGCCCUGUCCCACAACCAUCAUCGCAACACAAACUACUCCCGAGCACACUACCGGCUGCCGCCUACCAUGGCCAACUUGUCGCGGCUGGCUUCCAUGGUAGCCAAGUUUGGGUGUAUGGCGUGCCUGAGGAUUUGGAUGCUGUUCCAGAACACCAUCCAAGUGUCUCUGAUGGUCCCUCUAUCCACGCGAGGAGGAGCAGCCAACGUAGCAGUAUCUCCCGGCAUGACUCCUCUCGUGGACGAGACGAAAAUACCAGAGUACCUCAGUGGCAACUUUUGUGCGACAAGCUUCGCAACAACUUUAUUGCAGGUCGAAAGGUCGCCGAGCUGACCGCCAUCAGCACUGUCAAAUGGGUAGAAGGAUUUUCCGCUUCAUCAGCCAAGGAUCGCCUGCUUGUGACCUCGCGAGGGAUAUCUCCGACCAGGCUAGUUACUGAUGAGGAGGACAUUGACUUUGUCGAUGGCGGUCGGGUGUGUAUCCUUGACUUUGAGUACGGACCAAGAAGCGGAUCGAAACGUGAGGUUGUCAUCGACGUGGGAACAGAGGACGCCGAGGUCUUGCAAGAAGAACAGCGCGACAUUGAGACAGAAGUGGCCAUUGUGCGCCGCCGCACCGUAGUGCAGAAUCGCUCCGGCCGCAAUCAGUUGCUUCGUGCCGCCACCACGGCAAACCAGAAUCUCCUGCCACCAGUGCCGCGCAGACAAUCACCAGAGCAUGAUGAUCCCCUCGUGCCGAGAAAGCUCGGUGUCAACCCUGCCAGCAGAACUGAUAGGGAGGAAGAAUCCAUUGCUUCUGUGGAUGAGAUGGAGGCCUUGGAUGCCCCAUAUUCACAUGCAAGCCCUCGUUCCACGACAACCCUGCGGCGUGCCGCAACUGCCGCUGCGGUGAAUCGUCGACUUAACCCACGCACGGCUAACGGUCAGAGAGUCGUCUAUCGCCGCGCUGACGGCCGAGGCGAAUUACCACACGAGAGCGAUGCCGAUAACUGGGUUCCUCCGCCCCCUCCCUAUCAACCAGAUGAUCCAGGCACUCUGCCCGCGUUCCUCCGGCGGCCAGCCGUUGCACCGCUACCGUCACCCGUACGACCUUUUACUGCUGUUACGCCAACGCAAACUCAAGCAUGGCCGGGGCAAUUUUCUCCCCGCGCCCAACAAGCACAAAUGGACGGGACCAACGUCCCUUUUCGCCAACGAACUGCAAGCGACGAAACCACGUAUAGCAGCAGCAGGCAGCGAUUCGAGGAAAUCCCACGUCCUAUCUCGACGCCCUUAGUCAUGCCGGGCGAUGCAGAACCCAGAACAGACGAUUUGUACGGAGUCUCCCCGUCGGCCUCACCUGCUCUGGAGAGCCAGGCCAUGGCGGAGGGGCCACGAGCGGAACCCAUCUCGCCAGAUAUGCGUCACUCUGAAACAGGGACUGCAACGACCACCCCCGCAACCGUCGAAUUUUCAGACGCAGUUGAGCAUAUCCAAGCCCAAGAAGGACAAGCUAACAACUUGAUCCUAUCGGUUGCCAUUCCAUCGGGGCAGCUGUCCCCAGUAGGCGACGCGCCAUUGCAUAAUCGGAGGCUUUCAAACGCGCAGACCUGGCCUCGUGUAUCCCCGAACCAACCGCAACAAGCGCCGCCACCCAUCCCGCACAGCAUCGCAACGUACUCGGCACCAGCUACAGAAAUGACGAUGGCCGAAAUAGCAUCCGCCUCGCUCCCGCCACCGCCCAGCAGUGACCAGAUCAGUCGGCUCAAUAAGAGGAUAAGCAUGGGUGCUCCGCGACGUCUAUCGGGUGGACUUCUUAACCAGUGGUCUGCCUCCGGAAGCAGAUCCAGCCUGACGGAGCCACCCCCCAUCAAACAGCAUACUUUCGAGCACGAGCCAACGGCCGACGUACCGCUCGUCAAUCCCGACGAAGACCAGCCGCUCAUCAUAAGCACCCCCGCGGGUGUGAGCGGUGCCUUUGAUUCCCCAGGAGAGACGCAGAUCUUGGCGCCAGUGCCUCGCCGUCCUCGACAAAGCAUCCCUUUCAAUCCGGAGCCCGCCCAGCCUGUGCGGGCGCUCUUCCCGGCGCUACCGAGCAACAACGGCGCGACCGAGGCCAAGCAGAAGGCGCGCCACCUGCCCUCCUGGCUGUCCUCGCCACCUUCAGGCUCGACGGCGAGGUCGCCGAUGCGCGUCAGCCGGAAGCCCAGCAGGGCGGAGCGGGGAGCGGCGAAGAACAUCCUCGACGCGAGGAAGCGUGGGUGGAGGCCCAAGUCGAGGAAGGCAGCGGAGCCGGAGCCGCCGUCUCUCAGCGCGGAAGACUCUGGCUGGACUGACGUCCCGCCGCAGCCUGCCCCAAAGGAUCACAAGAAGUGCGUGAUCAUGUAG